AUGGAGGAGACGACCUAUUACGUGGCAGAGCAGGCAGCGACGUUCCGCGACUGGGCCAGCCUGCCCGGUGAUCUCUUGACGUGCAUCGGCGAGCUCCUGGACCUCUCUAGCGGCCUAUGCUUCCGAGGCGUGUGCCGGUCCUGGAGCACCGCGCUCCCGGCGAUCAUGCCAUCGCCGUGGCUGGUGAUCGCCGACGGCCUGGAAAUCGGCGACAGGGACCGGUUCACCAUGCUCUCGCUCCCCGCGCUCACCCCCAUGCGGUGGGGGCUCGAGCACCAGCGCUGCGUCGGCUCCAGCGACGGCGGGCUCGCCCUCGUCGACCCCUGCCUUGCCAUCACGCUGCUCAACCCCCUCACGGACGCGAAGCCGGCGGUCCGACUGCCUCCGCUCGGCUCGCUCCGACGUGACCUGUUCCACGGCGGUUGCAUCUCGGUCGCCGUGCCCAUGUCGCCCGAUGGCACGCUGCAGAUACUCACACACCAAGACAGACGCCUCUUUGGAAAGGCGCAGCUGUCUUUCGUCCAGAGGGUGGCCUUCGCUCCCAAUCCUACCGCGCAGGACUACGCGGUCGCCGUCCUCUGCCGCAACGACCACGGCCUGGCGUUCACGAUGGCGGCCGGCGAAGGCUGGCAGUGGCUGGACUGGCCCGACGCGGCCGGCCUCGCCGCCACACCACACGUAGAAUAA